AAACUGAAAAACCCCAACAAAACAAAAUCAAAAAUUGGCCCUCUUGGUAUUUUUGUGUGGAUACAGUCGUUGGAGCUGUGGCUUUCUCCUCCGCUCAGGAUCGGACUCUCUACCCCUCCUUUCUUCUCCUUUCCCACCAGAAUAAUCAAAACCUUCAUUUUCGAUCUCUCUUUCUCUCCAGUUUGCUGGUUUGAUCUUUUCCACCAUCCUCCAAGCACAUAUAUUUUGUUUACGGGAGCUCUUUCCUCUCGCGGUUCCUUUUUUCCUUCUUUUGUUUAAUGCUUUUGAAAUCACUACUCUGAUAUUGAUGAUUUUUGAUGGAGUCGUAGGAGAAUGAUGUGCUUGGGGCAACGGAGCGGAAUCUAGGGCUCUUUAAGCUUGUAGUAACGGUGAUCUCUUACUUUGUAUGUUCAUCUGAAUCUGCCCGGGCCUGAGGCUCGGGAUCCGCGCCAUGGUGUCAGAGAACGAGCAGCAGCCUUGGAUCGAGGAGCUGCCCGGCCUCAACACUGCCUAUAUGCAGAAAUUCAAGCUUUACGAGACUCGCUCGAACUUUUACAUGAUUGGAAGAGACAAAAGCAGGACCUUUUGGAGAGUAUUAAAGAUUGACCGUUUAGAACCUUCUGAGCUAGACAUUCGUGAAGAUUCCACAGUAUACUCCCAAAUUGAAUGCUAUGACCUCUUGAGACGGAUACAUGAAGGAAACAGGCCCACUGGUGGACUUAAAUUUGUCACCACUUGUUAUGGAAUUGUCGGGUUUGUCAAAUUUUUGGGGCCUUACUACAUGCUGCUUAUAACAAAAAGGAGGAAGAUUGGUGCAAUUUGCGGCCAUGCAAUAUAUGCCAUUACCAAGACAGAAAUGAUUCCAAUUCCAAAUUCUACUGUGCGGUCCAAAAUGGAAUAUUCUAAGAAUGAGAACAGAUACAAGAAGCUCCUAUGCACAGUGGAUCUUACGAAGGACUUCUUUUUCAGCUACUCCUACCAUGUCAUGCGUAGUCUCCAAAAGAACUUAUGUGAUAGUGAGACAGGUCAACUCCUGUAUGAAACGAUGUUUGUUUGGAACGAGUUCCUAACUCGUGGAAUUCGGAACCAGCUCAAGAAUACUCUCUGGACAGUUGCGUUAGUGUAUGGCUUUUUUAAGCAGGUCAAGUUUUCAGUUUCUGGCAGGGACUUCAAAUUGACCCUCAUUGCCAGGCGAUCACGCCAUUUUGCUGGCACCAGAUAUUUAAAGCGAGGCGUAAAUGAAAAGGGUCGAGUAGCUAAUGAUGUUGAGACAGAACAGAUUGUUUUUGAAGAUGUUCCUGAAGGAUGCCUGAUCCAAAUAAGUUCUGUUGUGCAGAACCGGGGUUCAAUCCCCCUUUUCUGGUCCCAGGAGACUUCACGAUUAAAUAUUAAACCUGACAUUACAUUAUCAAAGAAGGACCAUAAUUACAAUGCCACAAGACUUCAUUUUGAAAAUCUCGUGAAGAGAUAUGGAAAUCCAAUAAUUAUAUUGAAUUUGAUUAAGUCACAUGAGAAGAGGCCCCGAGAAUCUAUUCUUCGUGCAGAAUUUGCUAAUGCCAUUGAUAUUAUUAAUAAAGAUUUAUCCGAGGAGAAUCGUUUAAAGUUCCUUCACUGGGAUCUACACAAACAGUCUAGAAACAAAGCUGCCAACGUGUUGUCACUUCUGGGAAAAGUGGCUGCUUAUGCAUUGACCUUAACUGGCAUUUUUUAUUGCCAAGUGCCACCAACUAUAGGGCCUGAGGGAUUGCUGAAUCAGUCCAAUUUUGUGAAGAAAGAUGGUGGUGAAAGCUUUCUACAGAAACUUCAUGAUCAAAGCAAUGGGGCCGAUGACUUGGGGAGAGAGGUUAAUUGUGGUGGCAGUGAUACAAUUGAUCUGUCUGUCAAGGCCCAAAUGUUCCAGAAAGGAGUUUUGAGGACCAAUUGCAUAGAUUGUUUAGAUCGCACUAAUGUUGCCCAAUAUGCAUAUGGGUUGGUUGCUCUAGGACAUCAGCUGCAUGCUUCAGGAUUUAUAGAUGUGCCAAAUAUUGAUCUGGAUGACCCUUUGGCGGAUGAGUUAAUGGGGGUUUAUGAGCUGAUGGGUGACACACUUGCCUUGCAGUAUGGUGGCUCUGCAGCACACAAUAAGAUAUUCUCAGAAAGAAGGGGUCAGUGGAAAGCAGCAACUCAAUCCCAGGAGUUCUUCAGAACUCUACAACGGUACUACAGUAAUGCUUACAUGGAUGCUGAGAAACAAGAUGCCAUCAAUGUGUUCUUGGGACACUUCCAGCCGCAACAGGGUAAACCAGCACUGUGGGAACUGGAUUCAGACCAGCAUUACAAUGUUGGGAGGCGUGGUCUGAGCCUUGGAGAUGAUAAUGCUAGGUCCUUUUUUAAACGAUCACUAUCAGAUGGCAAUAUUCUCUGUGAAAGCAACUCACCUAUGACACGCGGCAAUGUUGGGGAGAGUAGUUCUGGCCAGCCUCUGCCUGAAAAGUCGCCUGGGGGUAACAGGGGUCUUUCUGAUUCCACACCAGAAAUCUCAACUUGUGAAAGUGAUAUAUCUUAUUCAAGGUUUGGCUGUCAUUUUAGGUAUACUCCAUCAAUGUCGCGAAAGCAGCUUUUCUCAGAUGUGCAACAGGACCAGUAUCUGGAAAGUUGCCACAUUUGUUUCAAUGAACAUGGAAGCACAUUUAAUUGCUCAAAUUUUCUUGAUGCUGAUUGGAUUUCAUCAUCUGGAAAUUCAUGUGAAGAAGAAACUUAUGAAAGGUCUACGCUCAUAAACUCUUCUGUUGCCAGCUUGUCAUUGGAAAAUGUCGUGAAUGGAUCUGCAAGUGAAUCUGGAACCAGCUCAAAAGGAAGAGAGCAGAAUGAGACUGAGCUCACUUAUGACACCAUGCCAUACUCUGAUGUUAGUGCUGAAUUUUCCAAUAGCUUUGCAGACUGGGUAACUUAUGGUGAGAUGCUGUUCCCUUGAAGUUAAGCUUGAGUUUUGUCACCGGAAUCAAUUUUUGUUUCAAGUAUCACAUUCAACCCAUCCGAAGGAUUUGGGUUCCCAACAGAAAAUAAGAGGUCAAGCUCCCCUAAAAAAUGCAUAAAAAGGGAGAUCAAGGGAGGCUUCAUCAUUCACUUGAAAGAUUCAUCAUCUAAAUGAAGACUCGUGACACGAGAUUUACAGCCUUAAUUUCAUCUGAUGGAGCGUGUUAAGAGGGAGUACAAGAGUAAAUAGCGCUAGCUAAUUCUUUUUGGAGAUCUGGGGAUCCCACUGCAUGUGGGGAAGUUCCCGACUCCAUAUAUUUCCAUCCUUGUAAAUAUGUUUUAUUUAAAUGUUCGACAGGAUUAAGCUCCAUUUUUACAAGUUUAGGUCAUGAUCUUCACAUUCUUUUCAGUGUUUAUAUUUUUGUGGCCAAGGAAAUGGGUACUGCUCAUCGUCCAUGACUGAAUGCUCCUCUGAAAUUCCCUGCUAAAUUUUUUCUAGAACUUGUAUUCAUAGGAUAUUCUAGCACUGAUUAUUGGUGUAAAAAUCAUUGUAAACUCCCUUGUGCUGCUGCAUUCGCGAUGAUUAUUUGAACAAUAUUUUAAGUUUUAA